GGAUUUAGUACAAAUCCCAUAUAAAACCGAACGUUUGGUACGUCAACAAAGGCGAUAAUACGUGUUUGUUUAUCUACUUUUUAAUUUUGACGAUUGAACAAUGGGUUUAGGCGGCUGCUACUCAUUUUUAAAAUACCUCGUGUUCAUCAUCAAUUUCAUUUUCUGGGUUUCUGGAGUAUCUUUAAUUAUUCUUGCAAUAUGGAUGUUGACGGAUCCUUAUUUCACGAGCAUGGCUCAGGACCAGCUGAAUUACAACUUUGGUAUCUUCCUCCUUGUAGUCGGUAUAUUCCUUUUUAUAGUCGGCUUCCUAGGGUGUUGUGGCAUCCUUAGAGAGUCAAAAUGUCUACUUGUUUUGUUCUUCUGUGUGCUUCUGUUAAUCCUUGUCGCCGAGAUUUCUGCCGCUGUUUGGGCAUAUACAAAUAAGGACGGUUUUGAAAGCUUGGUGAAGGAGAAUGUGAAGAAAACUGUAUCUGAUGAGUACGGGGACGAUAGCACGAAGUCUCAAGCUUUUGAUUAUAUUCAGAACCACUUGCAAUGCUGUGGAGGCAGCAGUCCUACUGACUGGCAAGCGAAUUCUCACGCUUCAAAAGAUAAAGUGUUUGACAUGACAAAAUCGUCGUCAGGCCUUUACAAAAUACCAAAGAGUUGUUGCAAAUCAUUUCCGAAUGACGCUUGUAAAAAGCUAGCAGAGGAAGUUGGAUGGGUCAUCGUGAGCUUCUCUCCACAAAUUGAGGAACACAUUUAUUUUGAGGGCUGCGGUGAUAAGUUGAUCGAUUGGUUUUAUUCAUUUUCAACAUACUUUUUCAUUGUCGGCUUUGUCUUAAUGCUAAUUCAACUUUGUGGACUUAUUUUCUUGUUGAUCAUCUGCUGUUCUAUGGAAAAACCGCAUUACAGCUCGAUCAACUCGAGAAAUCAGCUCUAAAUUCUAAUCUCGUGGAUUUCCGCUUAUAUGUAUAUCAUUAAGCUUUUUAAUGUUUUUUAUUUUAUUUGUAACAAUCCAAGGGUGUUAGAAAUAUUUAUAACAAAAGUUCCUAACUGCCAUAAAGAGAUACAUCGUUAUAUGCAAAAGUAAUAAUAUAACCCCUUGAUUGAUGUUUAAAGAAAAUUAGGUGCCAAUAACGAGUAGUCAUUUAAUCUAGUUAAAACAUAAGGGAUUUAUUUAUACUUUAUAUGUUAUUAACAUUUUUUAAGUAUAUAUAAACAUUUUAUUUGUUUAUAAAUAUCUUACGAGCUUUAUAAUAUUACUUGUAAUUGUAACAAUUCCUUUUGAAUUGUGUGUGUGUGUGUAUGUUUUGUAAAUAGAUCAUUUAGGUGUUCUUGUAAGCCAUGACCUGUAGGUACAAAAUUUCUUAUGGGUUCGAAGAACUUGCUUUAACAAUAUAAUUGUACAACAAUAUUAUUAGGAACUCAAUCUAAGUCAUCAACCGUAACUGAAUUAUAAAAUAAGUCAUAUUCAAUUGACUAUUUUUAUUCCCGGUGUACGGGGGAAUUAAAGUACUUAUUCCUCAAUUUAUGUUCAGUUUUGAAAUAAAUUAUUUAACGAAACAAACAGAAACAAGUGUUCACUUAUAAGCUACAAAAACUGUGCCUUUAUACUGGAUAAAAAAUUGUAAAAUUCUUUUUUAACGCUAUUUUGUAAAAUACAUGAAAAUAAUUUCUAUUGUUGAA